AGCUAGAAGUUGUUGUGAGCCCCGCAGUCCACAGAAGUUAGCCAGUUUUGUUUUUUGAACAUAAAACGUUCAACGAACAAUACCAUUCUGAAACCGAAGGUGUGCACCACUGGCCUUUCAGAGGUCUGAACAAAAACGGUUUGAUAGGCUUGAGAAGGACUUGCUUAUCUGAGAAGAAGCAUCGCCGGAGAGUAGAACCAGACAUGGGGGAGAGUAUGAAUAAUAUGCCCAACAUACUGCUGGCGCCUUUCGAGAUGGAUGUAGAUGUAGAAGAGUCAGAGUCCGAGUUGGAGAGCGAGACUGACGACGGCAUGUCAGACCCUUCCAGCGACGAAAACGACGAUGUAGAGAUGCAUUUUCUCCUUCGGCUGGAUCCAGCAGAGGAUGUGUAUGAUGAUAAUGAUGAUGGUGCAAAACGGCGUUGCCAGCGGACUAAGCAGCAGCCUUUUAAAUGGAAAUCUGAGCUUGACGAAGACGCGGGGCCAGCUCCGCUGGAUUUUCUGCCUGCACGAGAGCCCGGUGUGCAUCUGAACGCAGACGAAGACUACACUCCUCUCCAACUCUUUAAGCUGUUCUUUCCGGAGGACGCUGUGGAAACGCUCUGCCGUAACACCAACAAGCAAGGCGCCAGGACCGUUGCCAGGGGUGCGAGGUACGAAUGGGAAGAUGUCGAAAUGGCCGAUUUCUACAAAUUCAUAGGAAUUAUAUGCUUCAUGAGCCUGCGUGAGUUCAAAGACCUCAAUGACUACUGGUCGAGAGACUACCUCUUCAACUGCCCUUACCCAAGACUGAUCAUGGCAAUGGAAAAAUUUCGCAAAAUCUUCUGGAAUUUGCACAUGAGCGACCCAGACGAAGAUGUGGAGAACGACGCAAAGACGGGAACCCCGUCACACGACAAGCUGUUCCGCGUCAAGCCCCUCAUGGACACCGUCCUGACCGCCUGCAAGACGUUCUACCAGCCCCGUCGGAACCUGAGCGUGGAAGAACGCAGGGUGCUUCCCGAGGAACUUACCAGGAGGAGACGAGUCAUUGAAACCAGAAGGUUCGGCUUGAAGAUGUUCGUCAUCACCGAUUCCACCAACGGCUACACAGUCAACUUCUCUGUGUACGCCGGAAAGAGCGAGUUCCCCGAUGGGCACGGGCUCUCGUACGACUCCGUCAUGUCACUGACAAACCAAGGAAAUCUGGGCUCUGGCUACCAUCUGUACAUGGACGGUUAUUUCACAAGCCCAAAGCUUUUCAACGACCUGUACGCUGCCAACUUCGGUGCCUGUGGAGAGUACCGAGAGUCCCGUAAGGGCUGCCCGCGCAGCAAGCUCAACGCACUGACCCGAAAUUCCCCCAUGGGCACGAUCCGCUGGACGAGACAAGGCCCUCUGGUCUACGUGAAGUGGAUGGGCAAGGGGAGGCUCUCCGUCUGCUCCUCCAUCCAUCCCGCCUACGCCGGGGACACGGUCCUGCGGAGAGUGGCGAGCGCCUCGUCGAAACAGCCAAUCCCCUGCCCCAAGCCCGCGCUGGAGUACAAGGGCAGGUGCAAGGACGUGGAGAACAUCGGCGACAACACCGUCCUGUACGACAUCAUGAGGCACAAGAGCGUGAAGUGGUACAAGACGGCCUUCGUCCAUCUGCUGGACAUUGCUGUGACCAACGCCUUCGUUCUGCACAAAGAGCUGAUGCAAAGCAUGAGAGAGGAGAGCAUGAGCUACACUGAUUUCAUAGAGGAGCUCGUGGAGCAGCUGUGGGGUGUGUCACUGCGUGUCUAGAGGCUCCAAAGCACGCACACACACACACACACACACACACACACACACACACACA